AUGAAGACCUUUAUAUGGAUGCUUGGCGCGAUAGGCGUUUCAAGCUUCAAUCUCGACCCUACUCCACCCAACAACUACACCACCUCCACCAAGGGUUGUCCCUGUUUCUUCGAUCAGAAGAAAACCACUGAAUGCCCUUGCUGCGUCGAUGAAAAUUCCUGCCCAUGCUCCUGGCCUUACGACGACAGAUGUGGAGAUUGCAAUACCGGACACGGUUGCCUUCCGGAGCCGAUCAAUAUUGAUACGCUUUCCGAUCGCGGUUGCACUUGUCAGGAUGACGAUAUUUUCGGGCUAGAGAAGGGGAGCUGCGCUUGUUGUACACCCUACAGUCAUUCCGGGAAGCACAUUUGUCCCUGCGCAUAUCCUUAUCAUCAUAUGUGUGUCGAGUGUAGUGAAGCCCAAAGCUGCGGAAACCACAUCGAAGCCGCUCUGUACCAAGAACUGUACCCAAACUACUUCAAACCAGUCCAAGCAUCGGAAUCACUAAUGCUCUCUGACGUGAGAUCCGAUCGUGAAAUCGCGCCGGGGUCGAACAUCUGCCACGAAAUUCCACACAAGAUCGAGAACGGUUUUACAAUUUGCGACAAAAUCCCAAAAAAGGGAAAAGCAUGCGUGUUCUUCUGCGAUGAUGGUUACCAAAGAGUGGGAAAUUACAGGGCGGAGUGUGUGUGCUCGGAGCUGGGAUGUAACUGGAAUGAUGAGCCGGGCUAUGAGAUGCCGUAUUGCGUCAAGGAUGCCUGUGCAGAUGAGCCUUGUCAGAAUGGAGGCACUUGCAAAGCUGAUGAAGAUGGAUUUACUUGCGAUUGUAAGCCGGGAUACCUUGGAACUCUCUGCGAAGUCGAACUGAUGGCGGAUUUUGUCGGCGGUCUAUUCGGCGAUGAUAUCAUGGAAGAACCAAUGAGCUCACCAACCGACGCUCCUGAGUUCCGUGUCGUUUCUCCUCAGACCACGACUACUGCUGUAAGAGAAUAUGACGAAGAGGAAGAGGAGGAGGAAGAGGAAGAUGUUCAAUCGACUUCUGUUGGGCGAUUCGCGAGACGAAAAAAAUUCGGAAAGAAUAAAGAUCGAAAUACGUGCCCGCCCUUGGACGGCGGCGAAAAUGGAGGACUCAGGUGCACAAAAGGCUUUAAAAAAUCUUCUACUUGUCAUUUGGUCUGCGAUGACGGUUUUACUCCGUCAAAUACGAAGUUCUCUAAGCCCAGAUGCAUCUGCAAUUCCAAUAGAUGCUCCUGGGACCGGUCAAACUCGUUCAAGCUGGCAAAAUGCUCCGCUUGGCCAAAACCAGAAGGCGAAAACGUGAACGACGCGAUUGUCAACAGCGAUAAUAGUCAACGAAUGUUCGUUCAACAAACGAAAUGCCCUCCUCUGACAAAACCGGCGAAUGGAAAUGUUCGUUGCACAGAAGUCAACAAAGAUGGGUCUCGAUGUCAGUUUUUGUGCAAAUCUGGAUUCAAUGUUUCGAAAGCUAGAUUUGCCCGCUGCGCAUGUGUUGAUGGCAAAUGCAUGUGGAACAAGGAAGAAUUUUACACAGAACCACUUUGCGAGGACAAAGAUGAAUGUGCUCUUGGAAAUCAUAAUUGCGCCGCGGACAUGCAUUGUGUCAACAAACCUGGAUCAUUUUUUUGCGUGGAAUCUGAUUCCCAAGUCCUCCGACGAUGCGAUUCAAAUCCUUGCGGACGAGCUGGAAUUUGCUCGAUAACUGCCGCGGGCUACAGAUGCGAGUGCAAAGAUGGAUUCAGAUUUGCUCAAGGAACAUGUGUCGAUGUUGACGAAUGCGAAGUUGGCAUUGAUAAGUGUUUUUCAAAAGCGAUGUGUGAGAACUUCGAAGGUGGCUAUUCGUGCAGAUGCCCAUCCGGCUAUGGUGAUGGUUUGACCGAGUGCUUAGGGUCAAAGGACGAUUUGACUUGCACUCAAAAACGCAGUUUCCGAACAAAUCCCCUCCCAAACUACGUUGCUCCCAACGCUUGCUGCCUUUCCACCCCGUUCAACACCGAUUUGAACUGCUGCUGCGAAGGAAAAUUGCACCCAAUUGAUGGCUGCCCCUGCAUGGCCGCCGAUUAUUCUGACAUUCAAUAUUAA